AUGCUACGUCUUUUGACUAAAAUCAGAAUUAACAAUAAUCACUAUCGUUUUUUCUCAUGUUCUUCAAAAGUCAAUAAUGUUGAUAUUGUUGCACCAAAAUUUCAAAUUGAUUUACCGGGAAUAGAAAAUUAUGGAUUUGAAGGUGAAUCAUCGUUUAUGAUCUGUAAACAUGGAGCUGUUGCAUCGGAUUCUGAAGAAGCAUCUAAAGUUGGAAGACGUAUUUUAAAUUUGGGUGGUUCUGCUGUUGAUGCAGCAAUUGCAGUUCUUCUUUGUGUUGGUGUACAUAAUUGUCAUUCGACUGGUAUUGGCGGCGGAUUUCUUAUGAAUAUUUAUGAUGUUACAAAACAAGAAUGCAUAGCUAUUGAUGCACGAGAAGCAGCACCAUCGAGUGCUCAUCAAAGAAUGUUUGUUGAUGGAAAUCCACCACCAUCCUCUGUAUCCGGCGGCUUAUCAAUUGGUAUUCCAGGUGAAAUAGCUGGUUAUUGGAGUGCACAUAGACAGUAUGGAAAAUUACCAUGGUCAGCUUUGUUUAAACCAGCGAUUGAUAUGUGUAAUGAGGGUAUUACUGUACAAAAAGCUCUUGCUUUUAGCAUUUUACAGAAUAAAAACAAGCUGUGGGAACAUAGACCGUUUAGAAGGGUCUUUUUCAAAGGUGAUUCUGAUGAAGUAUAUGGAUUACAUGAUACUAUUUAUCGGCCACGGCUAGGUGAAACUCUUGCAAUUAUUGCUGAAAAAGGACCAAGUGCAUUUUAUAAUGGUGAACUAUCGGCAGGCGUCUGUGAUGAAAUUCGAAGCAACGGUGGAAUUAUUAACGAAAAAGAUUUAGCAACUUAUCAUGCUCGUGUUAAACCUGCUCUUAAGAUUAAAAUUAAAAAUAAUUUUACAGCUUAUGGUGUUCCACCACCAGCUAGCUCGGCAAUAACGUUACUUAUUCUUAAAGUAAUGGAUGGUUAUGGUCUAACACCACAAUCAUUAGAUACGGUUGAAAAGCAAGUGCAGUUUUAUCAUAUUCUUAAUGAAGUAUUUAAAUUUGCUUAUGGAAAAAGAUCAGCAUUAGGCGAUGAAUAUGAUUCACACACAGAUAAAAAUCAAGAAAUUGAAAAAUUACUUCAUUUAAUUCUAUCGUCUGAUUAUGCAGAAGAUAUUCGUGAACGAGUCAAUGAACAUAAAACUCAACCACUAGAUUACUAUGAACCAAUGUUUGAACCUCAACAAGAUCACGGAACUAGUCAUUGCUCAAUUAUUGAUGCCGAAGGAAAUGCUGUCGCUGCCACGAGUACAAUCAAUACUGCAUUUGGAGCUUUUGUUUAUGGGCAGAAUACGGGUAUUAUCUAUAAUAAUCAAAUGGAUGAUUUUUCUAAACCUGGUUCGCCUAACUUUUAUGGUUAUGCACCAAGUCCAGCAAAUUUCAUCAAACCUUUUAAACGUCCGAUGACAUCAAUCAGUCCAAUUCUUGUUACGGAUUCCUAUGGAAAUGUUAUUUUUACAGCUGGUGGUUCUGGUGGUAGUCGAAUAAUCUCGUCUGUUGCUCAAGUAGCUAUUUAUAAUCUAUGGCUUGGUAAAAGUAUCCGUGAUGCUGUUGAUAUGCCUCGAUUGCAUCAACAACUCAUUCCAAUGGAAGUUGAAUUAGAAAAACGUUUUCCUGUUAAUGUUGUUCACGGGCUUCUAGUAAAAGGUCAUACGAUAUCAGGUUUUCGUGGUGGAUGCGUUGUUCAAGCAAUUGAACGUCGUCACUCGAACGAAUUAUGGGCUGUAAGUGAUGCUCGAAAAGGUGGUGCGCCUGAUGGUCUUGGUUAUAAAAAUAUUACAAAAAGCUUUCAAAACUGGUUCCGUCGAACAUUUAAACGAAGUAAAGAACAAAAAUUACUCGAACAGGAAAUUGAAAAAGGACGAUUAUUAUCACCAAAAUAA